AUGAACCGCGGAAACGGAUUGAAGCGGGACCCAAAAACCACGCAGGCCUGGCUCAUAGGCAGUGGAAUAUCAUCACUGGCCGGUGCAGUCCACCUCAUUCAUGACGCGGGUGUUCCUGCAGCGAACAUCCAUAUCCUUGAUGUGCACUCCCACGCAGGUGGCGGCAUAAAAAGUUGCGGCGAUGCAGAGAACGGUUACGUUCUGUACACUGGAAGCCUGCCCUACUUCCAUGAUCGAUGCGUAGAGCACCUUCUUUCCCUUGUUCCCAGCGCCGACAAUCCAAAGCAGUCACUCCUUGAUAGCAUUAAGGAGUUUGACCGAGCAACUUCUCCCAAACGAGCAGCGCCAACACGUCUCAUAAAGCAUGGAGAUAAAGGCCCAGAAUGCCUCCACUCCAAAAGUCUCCAGAUUGGACCUAAGUAUCGAAUGGAACUAAUCAAAUUGAUGCUUGAAAAUGAGCGUAUUCUCGGAGAGAAAGCCAUCCAGGACGCUUUCGACGAGGCAUUUUUCAAGACCAACUUUUGGACGCUGUGGUCUACUACCUUCGCUAUGCAGCCAUGGCACAGCCUGGCAGAGUUCAGAAGAUGUCUAUGUAAACAUCUGGCUGAAAUUGAACGCUUGAAUGACGUGAAAGCUUUGGAUCGAACCAAGUAUACAAUCUACGAGUCAGUUGUUAUGCCAAUCGAAUCAUAUCUGAAAUCGCAGGGAGUCGACUUCCAUUUCAACGCAAAGGUCACAAGCCUGCAAAUGAACCCGAAAGAGGCCCAGACUACCGUCUCCGGGAUCAUCCUCAAAGAUAACGGCGAACAAAAGACCAUUGAUGUGCGGCCCGAGGACCUUGUGAUGGUUACCCUUGGAUCAACAACUUCUGCAACUGAGAGGGGAACAAACGACAAGGCCCCGAAUCCUGUACCCCAGCAUGACAAAGAGUUCCUGGAUGAUGACUGGGCCCUGUGGAUCGACCUGAUGCAGGCCUCUACGGACUAUGGAAACCCGUUCAACUUCCACAACAACGUUGACCAGUCGACUCUGGAGUCUUUCACCGUCACCCUCCGCAACAGCGACUUUAUGGAACGCUACGAGAAAUUAACCAACAACAAGCCCGGCACGGGGGCUCUGCUUUCCUUCUCUGACAGCAACUGGGGCCUUAGCAUCAGCGUUCCGCGUCAGCCCGUAUGCUCUGACCAGCCCUCCUCCGUCGAUGUAUUCUGGGGCUAUGGGCUGCAUCCCGAGAAGACUGGAAACUUUGUCCACAAGCCCAUGUGUCAUUGCUCCGGCAAGGAGAUUCUAACCGAGGUGCUAUCCCAGCUAGGAAUGCCAGUGGAUGACAUACUCCCGAACUCGAUCACAAAGCCUGUUCUGAUGCCCAUGGCCACGGCACCACUGAUGCCCCGUCGUCAUGACUUCCGCCCUGAAGUCAUGCCUUCCCAGAGCAAGAAUUUGGCCUUGGUGGGACAGUAUGUUGAGAUUCAGGACGAUACGACUUUGAGUAUGGAGUAUAGCGUGCGCGGUGCCCAGAUGGCUGUGUUCUCAGCUAUGAAGCUGAACAAGCAUCCUCCCAAGAUUGAACGACACCUCUUGUUAUCUGUUUUUGAUUUGCUUGGAGGUGCUUAG